AUGUCGGACCAGGUGAUAUUUCAACCAACCUCAGGGUCUGCACUCAAAAUUAACAUGCUCAAUACCGUCGAAACGAAAAUUGAAACCCUGACCUUGGCUGACCUCGAAAAUCCUCCAGAGGAGACCAAGGCUCCUGCUCGACCACUGGGCGUGCCUACGCUUGCAUCACUCAAGAAGCAAACCCAGUGUCCACUGCAUCAAUUCUGGGGCUCGACGAUCAAUUUCGCCGCUUCUGCCACUGGCUACCCUACGCCGGGGGAUGCAGUCUACGCAGCCAAACAGCUGAGAAAGGCGGCCGCCGAGUGGAACAGCCACAACGUGGGCGUCAGCUUCAAUUGGGUUUCUGAUGUCGAUGACGCCGCGUUUGUCCUUGCUUACGGCGGCGACAAAGAAGGUGUUCUUGCCAGUGCGUUCUUCCCAAAUGCUAAGGUUUUGAAUACACCGUGGGUAUAUUGCAGUGCUUUCGACAAGACCGUGGAGGAGGGCGGGUGGACCAAUCACUCCAUCAUGAAGAACGUCUUCUUGCAUGAGCUGGGGCACGUCCUGGGCCUUAGGCACGAGUUCGCACUGGACCCGGCCCUGUAUAAAGGAGGCGCCUUUCGGAUGGGAACGACAAACCCAAGGUCUGUGAUGAGCUACGAAUUCCCGCCGAAAAUCCAAGACAGCAACGUUCUGGACACAAGUGCGUUCUACAAGCUGCCACCGCUGGAGUUCUUUACUCCGAACAAUUGA